CGGGCCCCGGCCCCCGCUCCCAAGGGAAAACUGCCGCGGCUGCUCUGAGGCUCCUGGAGGCCUGCUCUCCUCGAUCCCGAUGGCCCCGAGCUGUGCCUCCUGGCGCGGGGCCGAUGCGGCCGGGGAUGCCCAGUGGAGCCCGCGGGCAUGUCUGCGGCACCGUGCUUCGCGCGAGCCUGGCCUCCGGCGGCGCCCGCGGGCACCCUCGGGCGCGGGCAGUGUGGGGGGCCGCUCGUCGUCUGCCAGGCGGCCGCCCGCGGUCAGCAGCAGUACUUCAGGCCGGUGCGCCUCACGCCACCAGACCAGUCAAGGGCCGGCAGCACGGGCGCGAUGGCGAACUCGAUCUUCAGCACUGCCGUGUGCAAGUUCGGCUCGGUGGCCACCAGCGUCUAUGAAGCACAUAUCCAUACCAGAGCGCGCCUCAAUGUGAGGCUCCUCAGCGGCAAGGGUCACCUUUUCGUACAACUGGAAUCCCACCGUGAUCGCUGGAAGGACCGUCUGCUGAUCAUACAUGGCAAACGGCAGAAACCAUGUCCUCCGGGUUGAACUUCCCAAGGUGGCUCUCGGAUUUCACGAAUUGGACUGGUGAAUGCCAGAUUGACAAUCACAAACAGAGUCAGCAAGAUUAACACGCGACCGACCUUGGAACAUAUUGACAUUUUGGGCAGACCCUCCAUGCAUGGACUGUGUGAGCCGCUAUCUCGGGCCGCCCUAUGCGCUCCAAGAGCAUGCCCUGGUUUCCAGCAGCUCCCGGCCCAAGGCGCGCAUAGCCAUGCAAUGGAGCAUGGGCGGCAUACCAAUGAUCGUGAUGGCAUGCCGGAACCAGGUAGUCAAGACCACAGGCGCAGCGGCGUAGCCUGCCACUCCUUCGAGGUGUUUGGGCCCAUCGUCAUCGAGCUGUUGCUAUAGACGCAUACCCGCAGGACUGCUUUCCUCGGUACCCCCGUCCUCCAAGAGCUGACGACAAGCGCAGUCGAAUCCAAUGACGUAAUUCCUGGUCUGGAGCAGCAGCGAAGCGAGAUCGGUACAGGUCAUAGCUGCCGUUGAAGCAACAACUCCGAAAGUGCAGCGAGAUAAGGGAUCUCGAACACAAGCGAAAAACGUGAGUAGUUGCCAUGAUCGCAUGACUCCCGAGCUUCAACCUUCAGAAGGGCACCGCUGACACGUAUUUCACCAGGAAUUCGCAAGCCAUGCCAACAUCAUCGCCAGGAGGAAUAAGAAUGCAACGAAAAGCUCGUCCAUGUUCCAGGCGCCCGUGCACAACUCGACCAGAGGAUGAUCCAAUAUCCUUGUUUCGGGCCAGAGUGGCUGCGGAUGGGACGAGAACCUCGAAACCUGACGUAGCGAAGAGACCACGAUGCCGCAACAAUCACCACCAGGGACCCCGAC